GGGCGGCGCGGCGCGAUGACGCCGGCGCGCGGCGGCCGCUUCCGGGGGCGAGGGCGGCGGGCCGGGGCCGGGAGCGGGGCCGCGGCCGCCAUGGGGGCCGCCCGCGACGCGGAGCAGCAGCCGGGCCCGCCAGGCGAGGAGGGCCCGGGCGGCGCCGAGGAGCAGCUGGUCAGCACGAGCCCCUGGAACAUCAUGAUCAAGCACCGGCAGGUGCAGCGGCGCGGCCGCCGCUCCCAGAUGACCACCAGCUUCACAGACCCGGUCGUGUCCAUGGAGCUGCUGCGAGCUGUUCUGCAGCCCAGCAUCAACGAGGAAAUCCGGGGCGUCUUCAACAAGUACAUGAAGUUUUUCCAGAAAGCAGCAAUCAAUGUGCGUGAUAACGUCGGGGAGGAGGUGGACCCAGAGCAGCUCAUCCAGGAGACGUGUCGGAGCUGCCUGGAGCAGGCCAAGCUGCUUUUCUCUGAUGGCAAAAAGGUGAUCCCCAGGUUGCCCCAUGAGCAGGCAGUCCCGAAGCGUGCCCGACAGAUGGAUGAGGAGUUGAAUCGGCGAGGAAGCCCUGUUCCCAAAAAGAGAAAGGGACGGCCUCCAGGACAGAGCCUGGCAAACGAUCGUGGGGUCUCGGGCAUGGCUGCGUGGAAGCUCAAAGUCUCUGAGCCCGUGAGAAGGGAUGGACCAAAGUGGGAUCCAUCCCGACUGACUGAAACCACAACCUUUGUGCUGGGAUCUCGAGCAAACAAAGCUCUCGGGAUGGGAGGAACAAGAGGGCGACUCUACAUCAAACAUCCCCACCUCUUUAAGUACGCAGCUGAUCCGCAAGAUAAGCACUGGCUGGCAGAGCAGCAGCACAUGAGGGCCACUGGGGGCAAGAUGGCAUAUCUCCUCAUCGAAGAGGAUAUUCGGGAUCUGGCUGCCAGUGAUGACUACAGGGACUCCGUUGACCUGAAGCUGGAGGAGCUGAAGCCAUUCAUCCCGCCGGCGUGGAUGACGGAGAAGAUGCAGAAGUACAUGGAGACGCUUCGCAACGGAGGGGACCUGCUGACGCUGCCUCUGGAGGGGCCCCCUGAGCCCUGAGGACUGCCCUGCCCAGUGGCCCCGCCGCUGCCCGGCGCCAACCCCGCGCCGGCCCUUGCAAUAAAGCUGCUUCGCACCCGCA